GACGAUAAGUACCGCGAUAGAAGAUAAACGAUGGCUCAAGGAUAGACGCUCAUACAGAGUGACGAAGCAGGCUCAGGAGCAGGGCCAUGGCGAGUGUUGUAUGUUUCAAUUCAAUUCCUCAGGCUAAUGUGUAUUCCUCCUAUCUACAUGGACAUGGACACUUAGUGCCCUCUUGUUGCUCCAAAUCCCCAAUUAGAAUUGGGACUCCACGGGGAAUGGGUGGGAAAGUCCAUCGAUCUCUCAAGGCCACCAAUUCUCUGCAGCGCAUUGUGGAGACACCGAGGGAUGAGGGCGCAGCACCAGCACACGAGUGGGGAAACAAAAACACAAGUUCCUUCAUAAUAAUUCCAGUUUGGGCAUUGCUUACUUCUCCUCCAGCAUUGGCUUUAACCAAGUACACCGACCAAGAGUGGGUUCAGAUAGCGAUAACAUCUGCAAUUGUCCUCUUCGCCUAUAUCAUUGUGGUGCCUCUUAUCAUAUUCAACUACUUGAGAUUGCGGUGGUUCAAGCGAAACCUGCCUGAAACAAUUUUUCAGUUCUUGCUCGUCUUCCUGUUUUUCCCAGGGAUGUUGUUGUUGGCACCAUUCAUUAAUUUUCGCCCAUUUCCAAAAGACCCGACAAUGAAGGAACCUUGGUCAUAGUCACUCUCAUUGUAUAUAAAUCUAGCUAUGAACUUUUUGGGGGUGUUAUUAACACCAAAUCUCUGAUAUCUAUCAUUAUUUAUCAUGUGCUCUUACAAUAACAGUAUAAUUAAUUAGAAUUAAAUUUUGUAUGUAUAAUUAGGUUGCAAAAAUAAUGUGGAUGAAUUUCUAUUCAAAUCUAUUUUUUUGGGGUGAUAUUAGUAAAAUUAGUUAUAUUGUAAAAUAUGAAUAAUGAUUGUUAAUUUAAAUAUUAUGAAAAUUAUUAUUAUUAUUAUU